CCUCACAACCCUAAAUUGAAGAUAGAUGUCUACUUGCAACCAUUGAUUGAUGAUCUAUGUCAAUUAUGGUCCAAUGGAGUUUUGACAUAUGAUAUAUCCACAAAACAAAACUUCAUCAUGAAAGCCUGUUUGAUGUGGACAAUUAAUGAUUUUCCGGCCUAUGGUAUGUUAUCUGGGUGGGGAACACAAGGUAAGCUGGCAUGCCCUCAUUGUAUGGAACACACAGAUGCUUUUACCUUGAAAAAAGGCCAUAAGAAUUCUUGGUUUGACUGUCAUCGUCGUUUCUUGCCAACUAAUCACUCUUUCAGAAGGAGUAAAAGAAGUUUCAUAAAAAAUAGGGUUGUGAAAGAUGACCCACCUCCUAUUUCCACAGGGCAAGAUAUAUGGGCGGUAAUAAGUAGUUUUCCAAAAGUGACUGAAAUUGGAUGGGAAGCAAAAUGGAAAGAGUUCGAAGGGUAUGGAGUUGAUCAUAAUUGGAAAAAGCGAAGUAUUUUUUGGGAUCUCCCAUAUUGGAAGGAUAACUUGUUAAGGCACAACCUUGAUGUGAUGCACAUAGAAAAAAAUGUAUUCGAUAAUAUAUUUAACACUGUCAUGAAUGUUAAGGACAAAACAAAGGAUAACGAAAAGGCAAGGGAAGAUUUGGCUGAAUUAUGCUUUCGUGGGGACUUGGAGCUCCAACCCUUAGCUAAUGGAAAGAGGGGUAAACCAAAGGCAAGCUACACUCUGACCAAACCUGAAGUUAAGUUGGUUUGUAAAUGGUUGAAGGAAUUGAGAACUCCAGAUGGUUAUGCUUCAAACCUCUCUAGGUGUGCCAAUGUCGAAAAGGGUACGGUGCAUGGGAUGAAGAGCCAUGAUUGUCAUGUUUUCAUGGAGUGCUUACUCCCAAUUGCAUUUCGCUCGUUGCCGGAUUCGGUUUGGAAACCAUUAACCGAGCUAAGUCGAUUCUUCAAAGAUCUUUGUUGCAAUACGUUAAGGAUGGAUGACUUAGUUAAAUUGGAUGAGAAUAUUUCAGUUAUCAUAUGCAAGUUAGAAAGGAUUUUUCCACCGGGGUUCUUUGACUCAAUGGAGCAUCUUCCGAUCCAUCUUGCUAAAGAAGCGAUGCUAGGUGGUCCAGUACAAUACCGGUGGAUGUAUCCAUUCGAAAGAUUUAUGGGAGUCUCAAAGAGGGCAGUGACAAAUAAGGCUAGAGUUGAAGGUUCCAUAUGCACCGACUAUAUACAUCGUGAGACAAAUUACUUUUGUUCUCAUUAUUUCAACUCAUUUGGUUUGUUGCCAACUACAAAUAUUAGUAACAAUCCUCGUUCAGACCAUGAUGACAUCCUACCUACAAUGUCCCUCCUAAACAGUGGUGGUCGACCAAGUGGGAAGUCUGGAAAACAUUAUCUAUCAGAUAAGGAAUGGAAGUCUUCACAUGUACAUGUCUUGAUAAAUUGUGAUGAGGUCAAACCAUAUCUUGACAUUUUCUUGGAGAGCCACUCUAUAAAUAUAGAAGAUUCAUCUGGACGAAUACAUACAGAGUUUCCCAUAUGGUUUAAGAAAUAUGUAAAUGAGAAGACUAAUGGAGUAACCAACAAAGACAUAAUUGCCUUAUCUGAAUGUCCUUCAUCAUUGGCAAUAUCUUGGAACAUGUACUUUGUCAAUGGGUAUAAGUUUCAUACCGAAGAAUGGAGCAAAGGUAAAAAAACGGUCAAUUAUGGUGUGCACGUGAAAGGUCUCGCUGAAGGAGGAAAGGAUGAUUUCUAUGGCAUAAUCAAACAUAUCUAUGAACUAGAUUAUUUUGGUUUGAAGGAGAAGAUUCCACUUUUUUAUUGUGAAUGGUUUGACCCAACAAAGAAUACAGGCACAAAGGUUCAUCCACAAUAUAAAAUUGUUGAUAUUAAGAUGGAUAAGCGUUAUCGUCUUUAUGACCCUUUCAUCCUUGCGCAAAAUGCAAGACAAGUGUAUUAUGUCCCAUAUCCAGAAAUGUGUAGAGACAUGCGUGGAUGGUGUGCGGCAAUCACCACAAAACCAAGGGGUCAUGUGAUGAUUGAUAACAUAGAGGAUGAAGUGCCUUAUCAGUCUGAUGGGAUGUUACCUGUUCUACCCACUAUUGAAAUUGAAUCAAUAUCUUGUUUGCGUGACGACUCACAAGUAGAUGUGUUUGAAGAGAUUUUUGAUACGUAGUGAAGCAAAGACAGGAUAUUGAUUUAAGAUACAUUACUGUG